UCUACCGAGCUAAACAAACAGCAGGAUGAUAUGCUUAGGCAGAGUGGACCCUGCUACACAGAUAGUGCUCCAGUCCAAGCAGGACAGGUCAAGAGCCAGCUAGCGAGUUAACUUUAUAGCUAACUUGCUAGCUUUAUUGCCUAUGGUUGCGCCAUUAUGUAGACGACAGUACUGGACGUUGCUCAGCAUUAAGCACCUUUUCUGAGAUCUGUAAUAUCGUUUGCCUGUCUUCCCGAGAUGGCGGAGACUGUGGCCAGCGCCCCUGGACGAGUGACGGUCUACUCCAUCACAGGCUGUCCCCACUGUGUGCAGGCCAAGGCCAGCCUGGGCCGACUGGGUGUGCCUGUGUGGGAUGUGGACAUGGGGAGACACCCAGAGCUGAGGGUCAAAGUGAAAGAGCUGACUGGACGAAGCACUGUACCUCAGAUCUUCUUCAACAGCGUCCACGUCGGAGGGAAUGACCAACUGCAGAAACUAGCACCAGAGGAGUUGGCACGGCUGGUGCGUUUAGUGAAGGAAGAGCCUGUUCCAGCAGAUGCCCCGCCCAUUCCCGAGAACCACUCAGACGUUUCAGAAGAACCUGUAGGAGCUGAUGAAGAAUUUGAGUGUGAGAAGGACCCAUUAGCUAACAUGGUAGUGGAGCUCAAGCGGAGUGAUGUUAUUGGCAGUCAGAGGAAGGGGCUGAGCUUGUACAAAAACAGUUUCUCUGGAGCUCAGCUGAUUGGCUGGCUACAGAAGGAGAAGGGCAUGGCCACGGCUGAGGCCCAUGAGACUGGUCAAGGCCUGCUGGAGAAGAAGUACAUGGUCGCUGUGUCUGGGUGUGGAAAGGGGCAGUUUGCAGGGAGCGAUUCACUGUACAGGCUAAUGGAGCAUGACCCCCACUCAGCCCUCAACACAGGACAGACAGCCACCUGCAAGCCACUCCAGGCUGCGGAGCUGUCAACCAUCCUUAGGGAAAUGAUUCUGAAGCUGUUCUCUGAACACCUGUCUGCCGACGGAAAGUGUGUGGACUACAAGGCCAUGUCUCUCAGCCCGGUGUUUGAGCGCUACUGCGAUCUAGCUGUGCAGCUUCAGAGGGUGGAGCUGCUGUCUCUGAGCAGGGAGGAGAAGCUUGCCUUCUUUAUCAACACUUACAACGCCCUGGUCAUCCACGGACACCUUCGAAUAGGCGCCCCCACCAACAUGUGGCAAAGAUACAGGUUCUUCAACUAUGUGAGCUACCUGAUUGGAGGAGAGGUGUUUACCCUGCAGGACAUUGAGAACGGAGUGUUGAGGGGGAACAGAAAGGGCGUCGCACAGCUCCUCAGGCCUUUUUCCAAGACUGAUCCUCGUUUGCAGGUGGCUCUCCCAGACGCCGAACCCCUCAUCCACUUUGCCCUGAACUGUGGAGCGAAGGGCUGCCCACCUAUCAAGACCUACACUCCCCAGGACAUCGACAGUCAGCUGCGCACGGCGGCCGAAGCCUUCCUGGAGAACGAUGACGCCUGUGUGGUGGAUUCUGGGAAAGGAGAGGUGCGACUCAGCCAGAUCUUCAAGUGGUACAAGGCUGACUUUGGAGGCACGGACGAGAAGCUACUGAACUGGGUCCUGGAGCACAUGAGUGAGUCUCCUAAGAAGUCCAGCCUGCAGAGUGUUGUCACUGGUGGGAAGGUCCGGCUCAGCUACCUGCCAUAUGACUGGAGCACUAACAGCUCCCACUGAGAGAAACCAACCAAACCAAGAACUUCCACCGUUCUUCUCUCUCUUCUGUACAGAAGAACAGCUCUGGUUUUCUUGAGGCCAUACUAACAUAUUGUUCUCUUAUGACCGGUUGUAGUAUGGAGAGGUGGAGCCAGGGCUCGUAUGCAGUGUGUACAAGGAAAUACCUUUCUAACUGUUUCUCUCAUUUCAAGCCCUGAAAGUACAACUUCUGCUUUUUAGCAAAGCUAUUUAUUAUAGUUUGAUAAUGUUUUUGACUUUGAAUCUUUAUUGACACUGUACUUGAAUUAAACCCUUUGCAUGCAAUUAUUGCAAGAAAGGCACCUUUAAACUUGUCUAUUAUCUUGGAUUAUCUUCAAAUGUAUCUUUAAAGGACCAUGUUGGAAGUACGGAAAGAAAUGUCGUAUGUAUCUACAGUACAGCUUAUGGAUCCUUUUGUGUUGCUUUUCCUGGACUUUGUGGUUCUGAAUCGAAAAGCUGCUGAACCCAGCUUUGUGAUAUCAUGUUUCCUACAGCGCCCUGCAUGUAGCAAUAUUCAUACGGAGCUCAUUUCUCAACGGUUUGCCAACAGAGUGGUUAUCCCCUUUCCAGCUACAGCACAAUGCAACUGGGUGUCUCAGGUCAACUGUCCCAUGAUGCAAUGGCCUCAAACUGGGCUUCUUAUAUGAGCGAAAUGUUUCUUUAAAUGGUAUAGCGUCGUCACAGCACAGUCCACUGUACCAGAUACAGCCUCCUUUCACGUAAGAUUUUUUUUUUUGUGUCCGGUAUCUUUCCCUCAAGUCUUUUACACAAAUGUUAACAUCAUGUCAGACCUACUAUAACCCUUCUGGGUUAGUCAUUAACCUUGUCUCUUUCACUCACUCAAAUGCAUGAACAGGAAUGCUUUUGAUGCAUGGGCUAUGUUUCUGAUCCUGACUGGUAGCUAGGACACAUCCCUCUCCCCCAGUCCUCGAGCCAGUGCCUUCUAACCCUGAUCCUGCAUGAGAGCUUAUCUCACCAAAACCCUGCCAUGUUCCUAUCUGGCCCCACAUUUCUUACAAGUUGGCACUUGGUGUAGCUUUUCCACUGGGGUCCAACUGCUCUUUGAACGUAGUUCAGCUGCAAUAUGAACUGGUCUUAUUUCGAGGUGUUCAGAGCUGAUAGUUUGACUAAUGGACUCUUCCAACCUUACCUCACCUCACUGUCAGGAAACCAAUGUGAUGCAAAUCUGUUAUACUGUUGAGACUUUUAUCAUGCUCUUGCCUCUUGCCUGGAUUUGACAACAACCUGACUUCAAAGCAAUACUUUUAUAAAGAUAAUUAUGCACAUUAAUAAAAUGAUUAUUACA